UACACCAAUACAUAUUGAAUAGUGAAUACAACCACUGAAUGUCACUGAUGUUGGUUUGACAAAUAAUAUGCACGCCCUUACUUCCAGGUAUAGCAAUAAGCAGGAGUUUCUGCAAGAGUGUACUGCACUGGAUCCCCGCUUUAAAGUGUCAUGUGUGAAUGCAGAGCAGCAACAUGAGGUGUACCACAGACUUGCAGUUGAAGCAGCUAAUAUGAAACCACGACUUGUGUCUGUGAAGGUGGAACCAACCACAUCAACCACAACAGUUGCUGAUGACCUACCUGCAUUGCCAGUCAUGCUACCAGAUAUGGAAUCAGCUGAUGCACAGUCUGAUGUCAAACCAGUUGAUGAUGUCACUACAACCUCGACAAAGAUCACAAGUGACCUCACUACUCAGUCUAGUUGUGCCAGUGGUGGUUUAGCCUCCAUUUUAGGUGAUGUUGUUUUCAUAAAGGAGGAGAUGUUACCCAAGAAAUCCAACUUGGAACAGGCAAUAUUCGAAAUUGAUGUCUUCAAAGGUCACGCGCUUAUACCGAUGUCAGAAGACCCAUUGGUAUGGUGGAAAGAACACCACUGGCAGUUUCCUCUUCUCUCACAGUUAGCCAGGAAACGGUUGUGUAUUCCAGCCACAUCAGUACCAUCAGAACAUGUGUUCAGUACAGCUGGGGACAUUGUCACAGCACAGAGGGCUGCAUUCAAUCCUGAAGUUGUGGACAUGCUCAUAUUCUUGAAGAAAAAUAUGGCCUAAAACAUUUAACCUGACACCUGAAACUAAUAAAGAUCAUUAAAAAAUGCAUGCCUCCUUAUUUUAUUAAAAAAACAACCCAUAAAUAUUAAAUAUAAAUAAUAUCA